CUUCUUCGAGAUCAUGCAUGCCAAGGCAAGGCGCAUUUCAGCCUGACCACUACCUCGUUUCGAAGGGCAGCUAUAUAUGCAAUGCUUCCACGAGCGGAGCAAGCCCUAAGACUCCGCUACUGCGCAAACUAUUCCUUGAGCCUCGUCACCGGGUGGAGCAAUGCCGGUUACAAUCGGCUCCGUGGGCGAUAUCGUAGCCCUAUGUCAGAUCCUACGAGACCUCCUCGAAACUUUGGACGAAAGCCGCGGCUCUACCCGAGACUACCAGAAGGCUGUAGAGGAUAUUCGAAACCUUCAACGCCUUCUAUUUACCUUGAAAGAUCUAACCGCGACGUGCGAUAGCUCUUCGGGAUAUGUGGCACUGGGUCAGACAGCAAGGCUGAAGGCGCAGGACUGCCAUGAUCUUAUUGUCGUGUUUCAUGGUAAGAUUGAUAAAUACAAGAAACAUCUCGGAAACUCUAAGAAGAAACGAGGGAAGUGGAAGAAGAAGACUGAAAAUGCGGUUCGCGAAUCUUUCUGGAAGCUACAUUGGCGAAUGUCGCAUAAGGAGUGUGUGGAGCAAUUUCGGACGAACAUUAGAGAUCACACGCAGUCUAUCACGGCUUUGUUAGUGUCGGCACAUCUAAAUUCCUUCGUCAUGGCGGAUGAGCGGUUGCGUCGCCAGGUUGAAGAGUCGAGCAGUCAGCAAGAAGAGUAUUCUGCUCAACAAGCCGCUGAAGUGGAGAACAUUAGAAAACGACUGGAACAAAUGGAGCAAGUACGGCUGAUUGCUCCAUCUACUGAUUGGAUUACUACGUUGACGAAGUUCCGCGAAGAGUUCCUUCAGAAGGCUCAAAUCAUCUGGAAAGUAAGCUACGAGACUUGGAAAGGCGUGGUUUACAUCCAAUCCCAGCUACCUCGCCUUCUUGAACCUUGGAGUGAGCAGCCAGUCAUCCUUGACGAUGCUAUAGGGAGGGUCACGAGGAUGCCUUUAGAGCUUGUUGACAGCUGGGAUAUCUUCGAGGAUGUCCUCCUCGCGCGCUUCAGAGAUAUGCCAGGAUUGGACCGUAUCGCCGGAAAGCAAUACGUACUACAGGACGCGACGAUGAGGAAAGAAAUCUCUCGAAAUGUUCCUUUCAAGUGUAGCUUCCGGCCUGGACGGCGAAUACUGAUGGCGGCUCUUUUCUCCGACGACGCUAUCAAUGACUAGUGUUGUCCGAGUUGUGGUAACUUGAAUGCUGGAACUGCCGAUGACCAUAUAACCUGUGGGGAAUGCGGUAUACAAUACCAGCGUAUCAGUCCGCAGGACGCGCCGCCAUAUGAUACCAAAGACGCCCCAGACAACCUGCUACCUGACUCGAAUUUUACAGAUUGCGUUU